AUGAAUUUCCGCCCAGACGAUGGGUACGAGCGGUGUCGUAAAAGGAAGUAUUUCGCCACGCUCUGCGACCCCCGCGGCCAGAUGUGGCGCUCAUCUUCCCCACUCUCGGAAUCCAUGACCAUCACAACGCUCAAUGUCGCGAUACUCAAGAAAGUCAAGAACGAUGUCAUCGGAAAUCCAUCUGCCAAACUGUCCAUAGCACGGGACGAGGUCUUUGUCUCAACGCUUGUAGACUGUCUGAACGCACCGGAGCAGUUUGAAGGCCCGAGAGGGUCUCAGGAUGAUAUUCGUAUAGAAGCUGCUCAAGUCCUUUCUUCUCUCUCUUAUGGAUCCUCCGAGGCUUUACACGGCGUGCUCUGUGCAAAUGCACACCAAGCCAUCCUAUUUGCGAUCUCCCAGUUCAAUGCAUCAGAGUCCGUCGGCCUCAAGGCCGCAUUUGCGCGCGCGCUUCGCGCACUUGCAGCAGCAACUGCAGAGAUUGUCGGACCUUCGCAGUGGGGCCUACAUAAUGACGACUCCAGCAUGCGCGAUGAAGCAAAGGUCACGCUUGAGUACUUCUUCCAACUCGAGGUUCUCGAUGUCUACCUUCCCCUCCUCAAUGAUCCCUCUCCUCAAGUAAGUACUUCUAUCGCUCAGCUCCUCGGCUCUGCGCUGCGCACCCAGGAGCACCGACACACAGUAGCGGAAUGGCUUCCGCCUAUGGACAGAAACAAGGACGUGCGAAGCAAGCGAGGAUGGGAAAAGCUGGAGGUCAACAAUGCAUAUGCGCCAGGGCGACAGGGUGGGUGGGUGGCGAGGAACUUGAUAAAACUACUACGUCGCAGGGAUGUUAAGGUUCAGGAAGCCGCUCUGUGCGGAUUAGCCGCGCUCGCUCAAGAUAACUCUGAAGUUGCGGCGGUCCUCGCGAAGUCAGGCUCCGAGACCAAUGGUAAUGAAACAUCUGCACUUUCCUUGGCUCUCGCGCUGUGCAAGACGCGCAUCACGAGUGUGCAGCUUGCCGCGGGCUUGUGUGCGACGCACAUCAUCCGAGCUAGCACCGCCAGCCAUCACCACCCUGUCCCUCCCGAUAUGUCAUCUGCGCUGACUGUCAUGCACGUCAUGAAUCGCCUCAUAGCGUCUCCAACCGAACCACCCCAAACACGUACGAAGGCGUGUUUCAUUCUCAACUACCUAGUCGCCAACGAUAACCAGCUGUGUCAGCUGGCCUUUGAUCGUGGGUCUCUUAGCAAGCUCGCGGCCUUGGUCAAGUCUAUCACCCCCACGGAGAAAGCAUCUGAAUGGGACGAAGACGAAGCCGAGAGCGUGUCCUGUCUUCGCGAGGCAGCGCUCAUAGCCAUAUCCGUUCUCGCGAUGGCAGACAAUGGCAUACGCUGUGACAUCACUGACAACCUCCACUUGAUACCCUUCAUCAGUGUCGCACUCUCGCAUCGCUAUGCUGGCGUCCGAUAUGGCGCUUGUCAAUGUGUCCGUGCGCUCAGCCGCUCUGUCGCAGUAGUGCGGACGAGCCUGUUUGAUAGUGACCUCGGCAGGAGCCUGUAUCAGACAUUCGCAAAUGAUACUGAGGACCCGCGCGUCACCUACGCUGCCCUUUUGGCGGUAUGUAACCUGGUCAACGAACACUCGCCGAUGCGGGAGCCUUUUUUGAACGACGGCUUGAUCAAGAGGCUUUUGCAGUUGAUACACUCUGGACAUGCCAAGCUCAAACUCAAUGCUCUCUGGGCUCUCAAGAACCUGAUCUUCAAGUACACGUCAGGCAGGAAGCAGGCCAUCAUGAACGAGUUCGGGUGGGACGAAAUCGAGAGGUUGCUCUCGGACCCGGAUUCGGGCGUUCAGGAGCAAGCCCUGCACGUCUUGCGCAAUUUUGCGUCCUCUGAGGAGGACGUGGAGCAGGUAUUCCAAGAGCUCGGGGGAGAUGACGCGCUGCUCCAGCUGCUGAAAAAUGCGCUGAUUUCUAAGAAUGGCGAUGUCGUGCUGCAGGGAGCGUGGGUCCUCUGCAACCUGGCGAACGGCACAGCCGAUCACCAGGCGCACAUCCUGGGGAACGCUCAGAUCCUACGUGCGUUGCGGUCGUGUCUCGUGGAUGCGCCAAUGGAGGUUCGGCGCGCGGCCGUGUCGUGCGUACUGCAGCUGGCCAGUGGGGACCCGUGGAGGCGCCAAGAGCUGCGCGAGGCCGGGAUCGACGGGACGCUGCGGCAUAUCUGCGAGUACGCAGGCGCGGUGAGUCCGAUAUCGUUCUCUGGGAACCCUAUGAGCCUCGAGCGCGAGGUGAAGGACAAGGCGCGGCAGGCGCUCGAUUGCAUCGAACAUGGUGGAGAGUUAUUGGCUCCAUAA